AUGUCAAUCGUUCGAAUCGCGACAACUUAUCGAGAAUCUUCUUCCUCCUAUGUUGCAGCUCUCGCGUUCUGCAACUGGUCAGAGGUGCAAAAGAACCGCAGGGAGAUGCUCAGGGCGCACACGUUCCCCCGCGCCUUCUCCAGCCGUUUCAACCAGCUGAACGACAUAAUCGGCGAUGAAAUGAACGUCCUCGUCAACCACCUGGCCUCCCUGUCCAACACCAACGUGCACGCGAAACCGCUGAUCCUUCAUUCCUGCGCGAACAUCUUCAUCACGUAUCUCUGCUCGAAGAAUUUCCCACUGGACCACAGUGGUUUCCGCAACAUGGUCGGGAACUUCGACAAAGUGUUCUUCGAGGUGAACCAAGGCUACGCUGCCGACUUCCUGCCAUUCCUGAUGCCUCUUCAUCACAGAAACAUGGCCAGAAUGGCGCACUGGAGCCACGCGAUCCGCAAAUUCGUCGUGAAGAACGUCAUCUCGGAACGAUCGGACAACUGGAACGGUGUCGUGCCUGAGAAAGAUUACUUGGACUGUUUGAUCAACCAUCUGAAAACUGGAACCGAGCCACAGGUGUCCUGGAACACUACGCUGUUCGUGAUGGAAGACAUAAUCGGAGGACACUCAGCUAUCGGAAAUCUCUUGGUCAAGGUUCUGGGGUUCCUUACCACGAGACCUCACGUGCAGAAGCGUGCUCAAGAGGAGAUCGAUGCUAUCGGUCUGGCUGGGAGUUUCGUGGGUUUGGAGUACAGAAGAUCCUUGCCUUACGUUGAAGCCAUCAUCCUAGAAACCAUCAGGAUAAUCGCCAGUCCAAUUGUUCCUCACGUAGCCAAUCAAGACAGCUCCAUUGCUGGUUACAGAAUCAAGAAAGACACCUUCAUCUUUCUCAACAACUACGAACUGAACAUGUCCAAGGAUCUCUGGACCGCUCCAGAGGAAUUCAUACCUGACAGAUUCGUGCAGAACGGCAGGCUACUCAAACCGGAACACUUCUUACCUUUCGGUGGUGGUCGAAGAUCCUGCAUGGGCUACAAACUCGUUCAAUACCUGAGCUUCGCCAUCCUUGCCACGUUGUUGAAGAACUUCACGAUAAAGGCUCUGCCGAACGAGGAUUACACGAUUCCGAUCGGGAAUCUUGCUCUACCCGAGAUGACGUUUAACGUUCGAUUCGAACGACGGUAG